AAGGUAUAAUUCUUUCUCUUUCUUCCACAUGCUUUGUCACUGUUUUUUCCCUAAAAUCAAAUUCACAAACUUUUUUUUUUGUUCCUUCUUCUCACUUCUCUAUAAUAAUAAUACUCACAACACUCUUCUCUAACACUUCUCUUCUUAUCCAUUAUUAUUAUUUCUUCAGCAUUGGAUUCUUUUAUUUAGGGUUCAUCUUUUCAGAUUUUGAUGCUUGAGUUGUUCUGCUGUGCUUUGUAAAGUGUCGGUUGUUGGCGUGAUGGGGAAAGGAAGAAGUCCCGGGAAAUGGAUCAAGAACUUACUCUAUGGGAAGAAAUCAUCGUCUAACUCGAAGUCUAGUUCAUCGAAGAAAAAUGACAUUUUUAAAUCUUCGAGUAACAAGGAUCCGUUGGGAUCUUCUGAGUUAAUUGUGUCAAAUCCAAUUCCAACUAUGGAUUCUUUGAUGAUAUCACCGCCGAUAUCUGGAUCUAAUGCUGGUAAAGGAGUGCUUUCAGAAAAGGAAGUAGUUAAAGGGCCAUCUCGUGAGAGGGAAAUUCUUUCAAAUGGAGACGGAGAGGGUCGUGCACAGGCUGUUGCUAAUUUUGCAUCUCAAGAUGAUCUCGAGACAGUCAGGCUUACAGAAGCAGCUAUUAAACUUCAGUCUGCUUGCAGAGGCUAUCAGGCUCGUCGGGAAUUUCAAACACUCAAAAGUAUCACACAGCUGCAAGCUCUUAUUCGCGGUCACUUGGUUAGAAGACAAGCUGUUUCUGCUUUAUAUUGUGUGAAGAGAAUUGUUAAGUUCCAAGCAUUGGCUCGUGGUUACAAUGUUAGGCGUUCUGAUAUUGGGCUGGAGGUUCUGAAAAUUCGUAAGGAUACUCAACUUUCAAAAUCUAUUGGCAUAGUUACAUCUACAGAAGCAGAGAAGCUGUCAGAAAAUGUCUUUGUUCGCAAGGUGCUGGCUUCAUCGCCCCAUGCUUUUCCUCUAUCUUUCAAUACUGAUCUCGGAGAACCUUACUUGGCUUGGAAGUGGCUUGACCGAUGGACAAGGUCACACUUUUGGGCAUCUCUUCCUAAAUUGAAGAACCUUGACUCGGUGUCUGAUGAAAAAAAUAUCAGUUGUCAAACAGCUGAAAAGGGACAAGUUAAAAGGAAUUCCCGGAAGUCUCCUGCGGUGAAAGCUGAUGAUGGCUCAAGUUCAGGUUUUAACAAAUAUAAACAGCGUCCCAAAAAGGAUUCAAAUCACUCAUUGGUUUCAGCUCAGGAGCACCCAAAGAAAGACAUUGAGAAAACUACUCUAAAAAAAACUCGCAUGCAAAAUGUUUCAGACAGAUCUGAGGCAGUUAAUGAGAAAAGAAAACUAAGCUCUAAGACAACUACAGAUCAUAAUGUUACUGAUGUCUCAGAGCAGGGGCCAAAUUCCUCUUCAGAGAAAAUGAAAGAUACGAUGGUGCCAAAGUCAGAAGAGUCUUAUCCUGAGAAAGUUCUUGGACAGAGAACACCAGAAGAGAAUAAUGAUAAGCCAAAGAAGAGCUUAAAUGGUGGUGUCAAAGAAGAGAAAGGUCUUGGACAGAAAACACCAGAAGAGAAUAAUGAUAAGCCAAAGAAGAGCUUUAAUGGCAUUACCAAAGAAGAGAAAGGUCUUGGAAAAAAAGCACUAGAAGAGAAUAGUGAUAAGCCAAAGAAGAGUUUAAAUGGCAGUGCCAAAGAAGAGAAAGGUCUUGGAAAAAAAGCACUAGAAGAGAAUAGUGAUAAGCCAAAGAAGAGUUUAAAUGGCAGUGCCAAAGAAGAGAAAGGUCUUGGACAUAAAACACUAGAAGAGAAUAGUGAUAAGCCAAAGAAGAGUUUAAAUGCCAGUGCCAAAGAAGAGAAAGGUCUUGGACAGAAAGCAUUAGAAGAGAAAAGUGAUAAGCCAAAGAAGAGUUUAAAUGGCAGUGCCAAAGAGAAAAGUCUUGGACAGCAAGCACUAGAAGAGAAUAAUGAUAAGCCAAAGAGCUUAAAUGGCAGUGCCAAAGAAGAGAAUGUUCCUGAACAGAAAGCACUAGAAGAGAAUAAUGAUAAGCCAAAGAAGUGCUUAAGUGGCGGUGCCAAAGAAGAGAAAAGUCGUGGAAAGAAAGCACUAGAAGAGAUAGGGCAUAACGAUCCUACUGCUGUCUUACAGACUAGUGUGAAGAAUGUAGGAGAUGAAAAAAUAGGAGUUAGCGAAGACUUAAAUGGCGGUGACAAAAUCAUCAGCAACAAUUACCAAAGAAGAGCUUCACUGCCUGCUAAUUUUAAUGAUCAAGAAAAUGAGUUACAUAACACUCCAAGAUUGCCGAGUUAUAUGGCUCCUACUGAAUCAGCAAAAGCUAGGCUAAGGGGACAAGGCUCCCCAAGAUUUGCUACUGAUGUCUUAGACAAAAACAGUUUUACCAGGAGGCAUUCACUUUCAUCUUCUAUUAACAGCAAGUCAGGUUCUUUUUCCCCAAGACCAGAAAAGCUGAUAACUUUGAGUGGAAGAGGAGUUGGGAGGACUGAUAAAUCUCUGUCAUCUUCAAGGGACAAAUCUUUGUCAUCUUCAAGGGAUGGGACUGAUAAGUUGACACAACCUCAGUGGAGAAGGUGAUUUUAUGUAAUCUUUCAGAACUGAGAUACUUCAAGGAGGUGAAAACUAAAUAGAGCAAAAGAUAUGUUGGAUUUCAUCACAGCUUUAUUUUUUAAUCAUCAUUGUCAUUAUUAUUUUAUUUGUGGUCAUAUGGAGAUACAGAAGAGGUCUAUAUAUUUGUGAUCAGAGUCUGAUAUAAAACUUUCUUUUAGUAGGAAAUACUCCACUUUUCUGGGUAUAUAUAUCAACAGUUCUAUGCUUAGGUACUGGUUCUUCUGUUUUUCUACCCUUUGUGUUGGAUGUAUUGUUCAAAGUUCAAACCAUUGUUUCAAAGAGUAUCAUAUUUUUCUAAA